GAUGUUGGGGAGCAGAAACGUUGGAUCCUUUUUGGUUUUUCGACACCUCGCGUUGACGAAUGUUUCGUCUUGUGUCAAGAUUUUGACGAGGAAAGUGAUGUCUCCAUGAUUCACUACACCACGCGCGGGGCGGACCGGAGCGUGAGGACCAUGUGAUGCUUGGUGACGCUGGCAUGGCACCACGGCAAGGGCUAUGCUGCUGCAGGAUUGUGGCUAGAUUGACUGACACGCUAGACUGAAGAGCGACACGGCCAAGGAGCAGGACAGAAGCUCCUACUAACUAAUUACUAGUACAAGUACUCGCCAGUGAUUGAAGUUGGUGGUCGUUUUUCUCUUCGGGUUCGAACGCUUUCUCUACCCUGGAUCGUCUGAAGCAGAACUAACAAGCCAAAAGAUCUCAACCGACUGGAGCAAUGCUGUCACGGCUCAUUCUUCUCCUGGCGCUGGCGUCGCCGUUGAUUACUGCCCAGCCUCACCCUCACCCGAGACCGAUUAGCCUGGAGGGCUGCGGUCACACUAAGGGUUGCUUUGCCAUGCCCGAGGGCUGCCACCUGGGACCGCGCGGUCACGAGGAGUGCGACGGUGUGUACACGCAGGAGGUCGAGCCGCACAACCCGCUCAACGUUCGCAUUCAGCUCUACGGACGCACGGUGGCCGGCUGGAUUGCCGUUGGAUUCAACAGCAAACAGCAUAUGGAUGGUACUGAUGUGAUCGCUUGCCAGGCGACACCGGAAGGACACAUUCAGGUCAAGAAUCUGCACAAUGUCAACCAUACCAACCACAUGGAUGACCUCACGAACGUGGCACCCUACCUGUACGAUGCAAGUGGCAUGUUGCACAACGGAUCCAUCACUUGCCAGGCUGACCGUCCUCUGGUCACAGAGAAUGAGAAGUUCGAUGUGAACUUGAACGUGCCCCAUUACAUCCUCUUUGCCUGGAACUUCAACGGAAGUGCUCCGGCAAAUGGCCCGUUGAUGCACAUGCACCAAGCCAUGCCAGUAAUCAGCAACCACACCUUGUCCGCACACACCAUCUUCUUCAACAACAUUACCGAAAAAUCAGUUGACUUGUCGACCUGCGGUAAGACCAAGGGGUGCAGCCGUGCCCCGGCUGGGUGCCAGUCUGCCGAGGAAUGCUACUAUGUGUUCACGCAGCAAGUCAGUCAGCACGAUUCCAGCAUGGUCGAGUUUGAGCUGACUGGAUAUGUACAUGGCUGGGUGGCCAUGGGUUACAACUUCAACUACACCAUGAAUGGUACAGAUGUUGUCGGCUGCCAGAUUACGCCAGAAAUGGACCGUGUCGCCGUCAAGAAGCUCCACAACGUCAACCACACGAACCUUGUCGAUGGCAAAGACACCCAACACGGCCUCAUGCGUCCCGAGGGUCGGUUCGUAGAUGAGCGCAUCCACUGCCGGUGGGCACGGUCGAUCAAGCCAAUCGAAGGCGAUGCGUUCAGCAGGGACCUGAGCCUGAGCAGCUACAUCAUUCUUGCUGGAAACGUCAAUGCAACAGCUCCAGCAAACGAAGCCCUUGGUCACAUGCAUAGUUAUCCACCUAUGAUCCUGCCCGACAUGCAUACCGCCAUGGAUCAUACAUUCAACUACAAUGUGAGCGCGGACAGUCCGGACAGCCCGCUGGACACGAGUGCGCUGUACGAGCAUGCGGAACGGGCCGAGGAGCCCGCUCCAGUACAAACGCCGCUGGCGAUUGACCUGAGUGGCUGUGGAAAGACAAAGGCGUGCAGCCGUGCUCCGGCCGGCUGUGAGUCGGCCGACGACUGUAUCUACGUGUUCACAAUGUCCGCCGACAACGCGGGGGAUACGGUGACGUUUGAGCUGUCUGCCGUGGCAGCCGGGUGGAUUGCCGUGGGCUUUAACGUUAACUAUAGCAUGAAUGGAACAGACGUCCAUGCUUGUCAGCUCACGCCAGAUAAUGAAAAGGUGGUGGUCAAGAAGGGCCACAACGCCAACAGUACUAACUACCCGGACAACCCGGAUAACAUUGGUUUCGGACUGACAAACACUGCCGGUGCCUACGCCAACGAGCAUAUUUCUUGCAGCUUCACUCGCUCGGUGAAACCAAUUGCUAACGACCCUACCAGCAUGGACUUGAGUCAGCCACACACGUUCAUUUUCGCAUUGAACGUCAACGGAACAGCCGCAGCAACCAUGCCACUGGAGCAUAAGCAUAACCACUACGAGCCACUGGCUCUCCCAGCCCAGCACACGGCUCUGGAGCGUACAUUCAACUACAACGCUACGCAAGUGGAGAAACGUCACCAGCGCCGUCACCCCAGCAGGCCUAUCGCAGUGGACGUUGUCUAACCGCAGCACCACCACCACCAACAACAACAACAAUCAGAGCUACUUUGUCAAGCCCACUCCCUGUCUUAGUUUUAGUCAAUGUGUAGCAACUAGCCAAUAUCACUAGUCAUCACCCUCUCUGCACAGAAGGUUGCAUCUGCAACCUCCCUGAUAUAUUUGUGGCACAGAUUUACUCUCUCUCUCCUCUGAACUGAAACAGUGCUUACCCAUUGCACGUGGCACGGUACUUCGUCGUUUGAACCAUCAAAAAUAGCACUUUUGUUCUUGGUACAUCCCAUUUUCAGUUUGUUCAUUCCACGCUGCCAUCUUUGGAUGCAGUGAGGCUACAGUUUCGACUCUGGCCAUCGUGAAAUUGAAGUUGUAUUGAUACUGGA